ACGGUGAGUUAAGAAGAAAGUAAGAACUCACGGGGGUGGGGGGAUAAAAAUCUGGACAGAUUUGCUACACAUCGAUUAGACGUCCAGAAUCCAUGUCAUGGGCUGGAACCUUUACUUUAUCAAAGCUUAAUAUCCAAAUGGCGGGGCGAAAAUGCGAAAUAAUCGGGAAGCUCUAUAUCCAAAUGGCGGGGCGAAAAUGCAAAAUAAUGCGGAAGCUUAAUAUCCAAAUGGCGGGGCGAAAAUGCGAAACAAUGCAGAAGCUCUAUAUCGAAAUGGCGGGGCGAAAAUGCGAAACAAUGCGGAAGCUCUAUAUCCAAAUGGUGGAGCGAAAAUGCGAAAGAAUGCGGAAGCUCUAUAUCCAAAUGGCGGGGCGAAAAUGCAAAACAAUGCGGAAGCUCUAUAUCCAAAUGGCGGGGCGAAAAUGCAAAACAAUGCGGAAGCUCUAUAUCCAAAUGGCGGGGCGAAAAUGCAAAACAAUGCUGAAGCUUAAUAUCCAAAUGGCGGGACGAAAAUGCAAAACAAUGCAGAAGCUCUAUAUCCAAAUUGCGGGGCGAAAAUGCAAAACAAUGCGGAAGGUCUAUAUCCAAAAUGCAAAACAAUGCUGAAGCUUAAUAUCCAAAUGGCGGGGCGAAAAUGCAAAACAAUGCGGAAGGUCUAUAUCCAAAUGGCGGGGCGAAAAUGCAAAACAAAGCGGAAGGUCUAUAUCCAAAAUGCAAAACAAUGCUGAAGCUUAAUAUCCACAUGGCGGGGCGAACAUGCAAAAAACAAUGCGAAAGCUCUAUAAUCAAAUGACACGGCGAUAAUGCAAAACAUAUAUUGCCGCACAUAAGUUCCUUUUAAUAAUUUCCAAUGUAUUUUAAUUUUGAGUGACAUAAGAUGUUACUUCUAAUAUUAAUGGUCGACUUAAAUCUCCAAAUCAAUGCAUAAUACAUAUAUUUACAAGAGGAAUCACAUAAUGCCAUAUCAUCGCCGAAAGAAGAACAAAAUCAAAAUUGCCUGGCGACAUAUGAUAUCAAACAACAAUGAACAGUAACACAAAAAACUGCACCAAGAGUUAUAGUUCUUAUGCACUGCACUUUUUCUGAAUGGGAUCCACUGUUUCAAUGAAAUUUAAAGUCAAUACCUAAAAGAUUUUACAAAAAGUGCUCCGGACAAAAAUAAGCUUGGAAAUAAACAAUUGGCAAUUACUAAAACAAAUACUGCAGCCAGUGCUAACGCACUCUGAAAUGUAUGAAAACAAGAAAACAUUCAAACCGAAACAUACAAUACGGCUGCAGAGUGAUGGACGCAUAUGAACAUUGGAUGUGAGAAAUGAGUUUGUUUGCAACUGUUUAAUAAUAAAACAAUUUUAACAAGUACAAAAAAUGCCUAUUUUUGCUUAUUCAAGGACCAUAACUCUGGAUAUACUAAGUACCGCGGCAAAUGAUGGUGUUAAUGGAAGAUACAAUACAACUAAAUUUUAUAUAUUUCAUUUGUUCAUUUGCACAUGUUUACCAAAAACGAAAUAUUGAAGUAUACAUAUGAUACAAUUAAAAAAAGUCAUGCGCAUGAAGCUUUUAAUUUUUCUAAGACUGAAGUCUACAGUUUGAAUUUUUUUGCAUGUAUUCGUAACGUUACCCUCUAAUUUUCUUUAAGCACCGUCAUCAAUCUAUUGUGUUUAUACGUAUAGAUACAAUUUAUUGUGAAUGCCAGAAAUAAAAACAACAACAAGUAUUUUAGACUGAUCCCCAUGUGUUCAUGUAAAAUAUAAACUGAGUGAAACAGAACACACUGUGACAAUGUACGAAUUAUCUGUUGUAACGGAUAUUGUAAUUGUUUACUAAACAACCCGAAAAUUGAAGUUAAGUGGACACUUCAACUGCAUAUAUAGAGAGAGACAGAAGUGAUUAUACGUAGUAUUCAGUGACCAGUUUGCAACAUGUUUCGAUUUGCAACGAAGUGUCCGAAGCUGACCUAUUCUUACAUUAUUGUGAUUGUAUUAUGGAGUUUGUGUCAGUACGUAGUACACGGGGCUGGAGACACUUUCAUCUGUAAUGGAGCGCCAUCUACGUUCAAUAACGCCGAGUCAGAUGCGCGUCUGGCGGCCAUGGAGGCCCGGAUAGAGCAGCUACAGAAGCUUGUCGACCGGAAGGAGAGCGGCCUUACCACUAUUCAAGGAUUGCCGAGAGACUGCGGCGAGAUCUACGCGAACGGAAGCCGAAAGGACGGCCUGUAUCACAUCUCUCCAGACGGCAGGUGCCCGUUCCUCGUCUACUGUGAUAUGGACCACAGCGGAUGGACAUUCAUACAGAAACGAUUGGACGGCUCCGUUAAUUUCUACCAGCCGUGGACAGAGUACGUUCGAGGCUUCGGUGAUGUCAGCAGUGAACACUGGCUGGGCUUGGAGAAGAUCCACCGCCUGACGCAAGGUGGCGUGGAGAUAUUCUUCAACAUAAGCACGUGGGAGGGCGGAUACGAGUUCGCGCAUUACAAGGUUUUCACCGUCCACGAGGCUGCCACCGCCUACCGGAUGAACGUGGACGCGUUCGGAUACGAGGGCAGCAUCAAGGAGCUUCUCAGUUACCAUGACAACAUGAAAUUUUCAACGUUCGACCGUGACAAUGACCUUAGCGUCAACAACUGUUGUCAGAAGUAUAUGGACGGUGGUGGGUGGUGGUACAAAGAUUGUUACCGACUCGGAUGUGUUAACGGCGUGUACGGAAAGAGGGAGGAAGGCGGAAUCGGAUACUGGGAUGCAAAACAUGUUCCUAUAAAAUCCGUCAACAUUAAAGUCAGACAGAUGGAGGGAACAUGCUAAACAAUACACUGUACAAUCACUAAAGGGAUUGCGACAGACGGUCAAUAUGGAAAUUUACCUAUCUAUUUAAUGUAAAGUUUCAGUAAUACAUUUAUUAUAUAUAUUCAAUGAAAACAAAACAUUUCUGAUGCACGGAAUAUUCUAAGUUAAAACACCAUGUUUUAUUGACCCGACCUUUAAACUUAAGAUUUAACCUUUGGGAGCCUGGAAUUCAAUCAUUUGAAUUAAACACAUAAUGGCUCUUUUAUCGAUUAAAAACUUCAGUCGUUAGGCGAUUAUUAGUUUAUUACACAUGCACAUGUAGGAUGCAGUGCCAAACAGUUGUUCAUGGGUUUAUUUAAAAGUCGAAUGUUGCCUCUGAUAUCGUGGACGACACAUUGGAAUCAGUGAGACUAGGGCUAGCUUAAUCCUAGUUAUUGAAUGUGCAUGAUUAUUAUCAAUAAUUGUUACAAAACGACAGAAAAUAAUAAAAAGCUUCAAGAACUAAAAAAAGAAGUUAUACUUGUUUGUAAUCAAUUCUCGAGGCGAAACAAUGCUGUACACAGUAGCAUUUAUGAGGUAAUAUAUGACGUGGUAUACACAUAAUGGUUUCACCGGCAUUAAUAAGUGUUGGGGAAACCAUCUUGGUACGGUGAGUGAAAAAGUAAGUAAGAACUCACGGGGGUGGGGGGAUAAAAAUCUGGACACAUUUGCUACACAUAUAUUAGACGUCCAGAAUCCAUGUCAUGGGCUGGAACCUUUACUUUAUCAAAGCUCUAUAUCCAAAUGGCGGGGCGAAGAUGCGA